AUGCGGCGUGGAUUUUUUCUCGUGUGCAUGUGUGUGUGCGUGCCGCCGGGCGCAACCGGCGAUGGCAGCGCCAGCUGCGUGGGCGUCAGCGAGGAGGAGGACGUGCUGGCCGUCUACAACCCCGCAAAGGACGAGCGCAAGGAGUUCCGGGUCAACCGCGUGUUUGACCCGGCCGCCAGCCAGGACGCGGUCUACGAGGACACGCAGCCCCUAGUGCGCUCUGUGCUGGACGGCUACAACGUGUGCAUCUUUGCCUACGGCCAGACCGGCAGCGGCAAGACCCACACCAUGAGCGGCAGCGACGCGCGCAGCCCCGAGGGCCGCGGCAUAAACUACCGGGCGCUGGACGACCUCUUCGCCAUCCGCGACGCGCGCGCGGGGGAGGUGGACUACCAGAUCACGGUCCAGAUGCUUGAAAUUUACAACGAGACGCUCAGAGAUCUGUUCAUCGACCCGCGCGGCGGCGGCGGGGGCGCGGCAAACCGGCUCGACAUCCUGAGCACGCAGGCCAGCGGCUGCAACGUGCCGGGCGCGGUGCAGGUCGGGGUGAGCACCUCCCAGGACGUGCUGGCGCUGAUGGCGCGCGGCGCCGCCAACCGCGCGACCAGCGAGACGAAGAUGAACGACAGGAGCAGCCGCAGCCACCAGAUCCUGACCGUGAUCGUCGACGGCCUCAGCCACGUCACCGGCGCCCGCAGCCACGGCUGCCUACACCUCAUUGACCUCGCGGGCAGCGAGCGCGUCGGCCGGAGCGAGGCGUCGGGCGACCGGCUGGUGGAGGCGCAGCACAUCAACCGCAGCCUCAGCGCGCUGGGUGACGUCAUCGCCGCCCUCGCGUCCCACAGCAGCCACGUCCCGUUCCGCAACAGCAAGCUGACUCAGCUGCUGCAGGACAGCCUCUGCGGCCAGGCCAAGGUGAUGAUGUUCAUGCACAUCAGCCCCGAAUCCAGCAUGUACGGCGAGAGCGUGUCCACCCUCAGCUUUGCAAAGCGCGUGGCGGAGGUCACCCUGGGCCAGGUGGGCGCGUUGCUGGGGCCCCGGCGGGGUGGAGGCGGAGAUGAGAUGCCGGGAGUGGCGUGA